AUGACUUCUCAACCAGAACUCAACGCCUAUCGAGUCUUCGUAGAGCGCUUCACCUCUGCCCUCUCUCAGCAGGGGACUUUCCCCCGCCAAGUAUCGUCUAUGGGUCUUGGGGCCCUUACUAUCACCGAUGGCUCGCCCUUCGUCGCGGCCCCUCCUGACGCCGGAGCUUCCGCUGCGGCUCCUUCUUCCGCCGAGUCCCCCGUCGUGGCUCCGACCCCUCUCUCCUCCGGCCAACAGGAGGUCAGACCCGCUCCUGUUGGCCCUUCGCAAGCUUUGGGUCAUUCUGCUACUGUGGUGGAGAUUGAUGAUGAUGAGGAGAUGGAUGUUGUCAAUAGUGAUGCUGAGAUGGAUGAUGUUGUUAAUGAUGAGACAACAGGUGGUGCAGGUGAUGACGAGGAGAUGGGUGAUGUUGAUGAUGUUGAGGAGGCGGAUGAUAGAGCUGCAAGGGUGGCGGCGCUGAAGGCCUUGAGUCCCAUCCGUAUUACAAGGGGUUCUCCAGAACUUCGUAUCACCAGUCAAUAUUCCGAUGGUAACAAGCGCGUUGAGUACGCCCAUCACUUGGAACGGAUCAAGGCCGAAAAACGUCGCCGUUUGUCCCCCGCUCAGGACAAAACUCCCCUCCCUUCGGCGAAGCGGACCACAGGUACUCGUAGUUCGCCUUCGCCUGACCUGGAGGAAGAGUCUCCCCCUCCCGCCAAGGAGCCAGGGAGUGCUCGUAAAGCGUCGUUGCGGGAGCAGGAAAGAUUAUGGAACCGCGAAAUUAUCACAUAUGGGAGGAAAAAGUGGCCGUGUUUACGACCGGUCAAACCUCAUAAUCGCGGAUCCCGUUGUGCUUCUUGUACUUCCGGGCCAUGCUCGUUCUGCCCCCCCAAUACCGCUCGGGACAUCCCUCCUAGGACCUCUGCCCCUCCUCCAACAGUGCGGGACGUACUAGCAGCUCCCUUCGUCCCCUACGCGCCUCCUUACACUCCGUCCACCGUCGUUCGCCGCCGUGUCCCCACGGCCCAAGACAAGGAAUUCUCUUCGCCCUCUCCUUUGGCGAAUUUCUCCUCUCCCGGCCCCACUUCGCCGUCUCCCGCCGUCCGUCGUCCGCCUAGCUCUCCUGUAGCCGGACCGUCGCGUCUUCCUGCUACUCCUUCGGCAGGUCCGUCUUGUCACACCCCUCGUCGUGCUUCUCCCGCUGUUCUUCGGCCUUCUACUCCUGUGGCUGGCCCAUCUCGUCUCCCGACCACCCCUUCGGCCGCUUCGUCCCGCCCUACCAGAAGCCGUCCUACUCCUGUCUCAACACAAGAGGGCUCUCCCCCCACUCUUCCUCCUGCCCUUGGGACCCGAAGUCGUCAACCAUCUGUCCCCCCUGCCACUGGGCUCUCAACCCCUGCUCUUCCUGUCCAAACUCCUCCUUCGAAAUCUCCAAAAGGGAAAGGCAAGAAGAAGAAGGCCGUCCAAUUCGAACCUGCAGUGGUAGAAAAUGAAAGUACUCAGCUACCAGAGGAAGUCCCUCCUCCCCUUGACCACCCCUACAUUUCCGACGACCCUUGA